AUACGUGGGAUUAUUGGGAUGUAUAGCGUGUGCGUUAAUGUCGAGCCAUAGCUCGAGCCUAAGUGUGGCCAUCGUUCGUAUGGCUAAAUACAAUAGCAGUGCCGUCGCCGACACUAACCCCGGCGGCCAGUGUUUGGACCGCACGCUUGUCGGCAAUGGUAGUGAUUCCGACCACGAGCUAACUGUUAGAGGCAUAUUCGACUGGAAUGAAUCCAUCCAGGGUAUUAUAUUGGGCGCAAAUUUUUACAUGUAUUUAAUAACGCCGACGAUUUCGGGCAGAAUUACUGAACGAUUUGGCGCUAAAUGGAUCACAAGUAUCACAAUUAUGACAUCGGGUGCUAUACUCGCACUCAUACCCACAGCCGCCUACUAUAGCGUCAAUUUGCUGAUUGCUCUGUUAGUGAUCCAGGGUCUGUUUCACGGCUGUGUAUUCGCAUCACUCUUCUCGCUAUACGCCCACUGGUUUACUCCGAUGGAACGCACGUACGCCAUAUCGGGAAUAGCAGCAGGGUCCAAUUUUGGUAAUCUGGUCACAUUCCCAUUGGCCGGCUAUUUGGCCGAAAAUGGUUUCGCCGACGGCUGGCCGUCCAUAUUCUACGUGGUGUUUAUGGCACACAUCCCGUGGUUUAUACUAUGGGUGCUAUGCGUCCAAAAUACGCCCCUCGAUAGCAAUCGCUCGGCACUUAUCCGGUGCUCCGAUAGUGAACUUAAUUAUAUUAAAAACAAUACUAAUUCAUUCGGAGCGCCAAAAAGAUCGUCGACCGCUCCCUGGCUUCAGAUAUUAACAUCUAGAUGUGUUUGGGCGUCCAUUAUAUGGAAAAUAGCCGCCGGUUGGGGCUAUUAUUUGCUAUUAUCCAAAAUGCCAUCUUAUUUAGACAAGGUGUUUGGUAUACCAAUCAUUCAAAAUGGUCUGUUCAACGCCAUGACAUCGCUGGCCACAGGCGUAACAAUGGCCGUAUGCGGUCCCCUAUCGGCGUAUGUCAUCCGUAAGUCAUCGGCGAAACUGUCAAAAACAGCGGUCAGAAAGAUAUUCGCGACGACGGCUUUGAUGGGACCGGCGGUGUGUCUGACGAUCAUCACAGCCAUCGGGUGUGACUCGACAUCAGUGAUCGCUCUACUCAUUACAGCCCUAUUUUUCUACGGCUUUAUGACUGGCGGCGAGUUCUCUAUGAUUAGUGAAUACGCGCCCGAUUUCUCGGGAACCGUCUUUGGUAUAGCGGCCACACUAUCGGUGUUUCCGGCAUUUCUGGCCCCAUAUGUUGUCGGACUCAUACUCGACGAUAGUCCAAACGAUAUAAGCCGUUGGAAUGUUGUGUUUUAUAUAACAAUAGGCGUCUAUAUAUUGGGAACCGUUGUGUUUUUGGUCUUUGCGUCGGCCGAACCCCAGCCCUGGGGUCUCAUCGAUAAAGUGAACAAUUUGUCAAAUAAUGAACAAGUGUUUGAAAACAUUGAUAAAUCUAGAAAUACUGUCAAAGAGACGGCCAAUCAAUUGUGCAAAUCUAUGCAAACGUAA